AUGACGAGCUUCUUCUUCUCGACACCAUCCUCCUCCACCGUCUUCAAUCGUCAGUUGCGGGAUCGUCACGAUGAAGCUGAACAAGCUCAAAGUAAGACCGAAGAAGGACGCAGCUGCUGCACCUUGCGCUGCAGAGUUCGCUACCAUGCUCGCAUGCUGGGCUUCGAGCAACGAUCUGAACAAUAUGGGCGCCUGCAAGGAUUCGGCCAAGGCAUUGCAAGAUUGCAUGUCCAGCAGGAAACCUCGAGGCGGCGUAUCAAAGCCAACGAUCAACUAUCAUCUGGCAAGAUUGUCAAAACAGAUCUGAUUCGGUUCGAGGCCGCCUGA